CAUCUGCCAAUCUACAACAUUCAUCCAUAAUCACAAACCAUCUCUCCAUUUUAUCAUUGAAGUAUUCCCAAAGAGAAAACCAGAAAAUCUAGGAUUCAAAUUUCAUUCAUGAAGAUGAAGAACCAGCUACUAGAACAAGUUAUUGGAGUUCCAAUGAAAUCAAUCGUAUAUCGAGUUGAGAGAACCCCGAGACGAUACUUACCUGAUGCUGAAGGGUCUGCAACGUUCAGGACAAGCAAAGGGAAUUUUGUACUUAAAAGAAUGAACAAGCUAGGGAAGAAAGCUGAUAGUUUAGCACAUGGAAUCCGAGAACAUGUGAGACUGGGGCCCAAGAUCAGUGAAACUGUGAAGGGAAAAUUGAGUUUGGGGGCAAGAAUUCUUCAAGUAGGAGGGGUGGAGAAAAUUUUCAAACAAUUAUUUAGUGUGAAAGAAGGAGAGAAGCUGUUGAAGGCUUGCCAAUGCUAUUUAUUCACAACGUCAGGUCCUAUAGCAGGCCUUCUUUUCAUCUCCUCUGCAAAGGUCGCCUUUUGUAGCGAUAGAUCCAUCAAAAUCCCUUCUUCGAAUGGAGAUUUUGUCAGAGUACAUUACAAGGUUUUGAUUCCACUUGAGAAAAUCAAGGGAGUUAAUGAGAGUGAAAACAUGAAGAAACCAUCUCAGAAGUACAUGGAAAUUGUGACAGUUGAUGAUUUUGAUUUCUGGUUUAUGGGUUUCUUGAAUUAUCAGAAAGCUUUCAAGUUUCUGCAACAGGCAGUAGUAUCCCAAAGAGUAGAGGAUGAACAAGUCACUUUCUAGGUGGCUUACAAAAUUAUUUAUUUAUCCUCUGUUUUCAUCAAGUUGUUUAUUGUUGAUGAAACCAGGAAAAAACCAUCAGCCUUAGAAAUGUAAAAAGUUUUUGUUGUUGAUUCAAUAUAUAGGCUCCUUAAUUCUUCAA